AUGGAAUGGCUCCAACCAGAGCGGCACACGGCCACCGAACUCUCCAAACAGGUGGUAGUUGAACAAUUCGUUCACAUCCUCCCGCCCCAAAGGAGGUCAUGGGUCUUGCGGCACCAGCCCACCAUCCUGGAGGUGGCUGUCAGCCUCAUGGAGGACUUCUUAGCUGCUGAGACCCCGGCAGUGCCAGGGCCCAUGGCCACAGUGUGGACUCCCCUCCCAACCACUGGAAAGCCCCCUGAGCCUCCAACUGCAACCCGCCUGGCCCCGGGCCGCAAAGACAGCUGGCACGAUGGGAGCCCAUCUCAUUCUACCCUGAAGCCCCAUGCUCCUUGCAGGCUGAGCAGAAACACAAUCCUACCACAACUGACGAGAGCCCUGCAGCUCUUACGGGCUGACUGUGGCCACCUGUUCAGACGCCAGCUGUUCCGGGGAGUCCGAUCCAUCCGCUUCGAGCCCAGCGGGGCAGGUAUGUUCCGGUUCGGACAGUUCACCUCUUCCUCGCUGGACGUGGCUUUAGCUCGGAGUUACGGCAACGCCACGUUCUUCACCCUGCGCUCCUGCUUCGGCGUCCUCAUCGAGUCGUUCUCCGCCAUCCCUUCCGAGCGAGAAGUGCUGAUCCCCGGGAGCGAAGUGUUCAACGUCUCCAGCUUCUCCCGGGAGGGGAACCGCAGCGUCUUCUUCCUGCACAGCAUGAACCGGACCUGCAGCCAUUACAACUGCGCCUACCUUGGGGGUGAGUGCCGGCCCGCGUUGGAACGGGAGCAAGCCAGGCUCGGCCACCUCGGAACGGGGACAAGCCAAUCGCAGAGGAAGCCGUUAAAUGGGUGGCUCAGAUGUGACCCACAUCUUAGGUUAAUCUAA